AAACGACCGACGUACAUGUCAUCAGAUGUCGUGUUGGGCUCAAGAGCUUUUAAAAGAAAGCCCUCACCCGAUGCCUUCAACAGCUUCUUCAGUCUCUCCCUUUUUGGAUAACGAAAAAGAACAGUGAGAUUUCUUAUUACCUAACGAUAGACAUUAUGCGAUCACGUUCUCCAAGCUUGGUUCAAAUGACGAUGAUUGUGAUUCUUUUGGGAUUGUUGUUUGCGGAUGAAGUUAUGUCCAGUCCUUUUAUAUAUAGCCAGGAAUAUUGUCAACUGAACCCGGAAUACUGCAAAAAGAGAAACGCUGAGAUUCCAGGGAAGGUACGUGUCCUACAUAUUGUUAAAAAAGUAACAUACCAAGUCGCCAUGUCGGAAAAAUAGCUUAACUGUGAUGAACACAAUACAACUAGUUGGUUAUCUUAUUCUAGAAAAAUCAUCUUUCAGCCAUCCUUAGAAAAACACCUGCUUAAUUACCGUGCUAAAGUGUACAAGCAGGAGUUGAAUUAGAGGUUCCACCUUCGUUUUUUCCCAGGGGUGAGAGAAAAUACGCCCCACCACACACCCCCAUCUCCAAUACCCUUAAUGUACAAUUUGUGCAAUAACAAUUUUAGCUCUUUGUUUAUUUAUUGAGGCACAUUUAGGCAAAGUUUAAUUUAGGCCAGCACUCACCUCCUGCUGUCUUGUGUCAAGGACACGGCGGUUCGUAUGGGUUCGACAGACAUUAGUGCUGAAAGCAAUUCAUAAAUUAACCAUAUUUGUUUUAAGGGAUAUUGUUAUAGCCGGGUUACCUUAAUCGGUCGGGUACCAGCCUUUAAGGCGGAAGGCCCGGGUUCGAUUCCCGGUCGGAGACAGAGACAUACACCCCGGUGGUACGGGGCACCUUUCAUGGAUUGGGAGUGUGAUUAA